AUGCCAUGUAGACACCACGACGUCCAGGUCUUUGAUGGCCUGCGGUGCUGCCUAGCUUGUGGAGAGACUGUCUUCGAUAUUAAACCAGACCCAGAACAAGAAUUACCCCGCUUACAGAACGAACCAUACAGGUACGACAGCCUCGACUAUUCGCUGGGACAAGAAAUUCGACUGUGCGUGCUGUUCGCGGGACGAACUCAAGAUGACGUGGUGGUGGAUCUCGUGCACGUCGAUAUCCGAGACCAACCUCCAUAUGAAGCCAUCAGCUAUGCUUGGGCAACCGAGACCGGGGAUGAUAGGCUUUCUCAAAAGGUGUAUUGUCGCGGCGGAACGAUUUCAGUAACUCAAACAUGCGAAGCAGCCCUCAGACGCCUUCGUUUCUCGGGACGCAACAGGUACCUCUGGGUGGAUGCCGUCUGCAUCGACCAAAGCAAUGUCGAAGAACGGAAUCAUCAAGUCGGCUUCAUGGGCACCAUCUAUGCGAAGGCUUCACAAGUACUAAUCUAUCUCGGUCCGGGAAACGCGUCCACCAACAGAGUGAUUGAUCUCCUGAAAGACGAAACGUACGCUUUUCCUGGAGCCAGACAAGGUUUCCGCAGUAGUAUCGAAGACUUUUUGGGACAUCGAUGGUUCGAUCGCGUAUGGAUUCUGCAGGAGAUUGCCCUGGCAAGACUUGCGACUAUGGUAGCUGGUGAAAGGACCGUUCAUUGGACGUUUCACACCAUCAAUCGAUUACUUGGGCUUUGCGCCAGUCUAUCAAUCGAACCACCAAGUGCAUUGCGCUGGCUGCCUGCAAGUCAGCCAGAACAAGAUGUGCUUUCUGUUCUCCACAGGUGUAGAAAUUGCUCUUCGACUGACCCCCGGGACAAAGUCUUCGCAGUGCUUGGCCUGGUGCAGGCAGACUUCCAAAACUCUUUCCCGAUAGAUUAUUCCCUGACCGCAGAAGAAGUCUACACUCAGCUCCUGCUGCAGGAUUUUCUAAACGAUCUUCCUAAGGACCAGGAGCCUUUGUCAUCGAGCGCAUGGCUGCAGUCAUUCGACCGGUGGCUCGAUUAUACAGGGAAAACAUUUCGAGCACGAGAAAGGCGGAGGUCGAAUGUGGGGAAAACGCAUAUCGAAAGUAUAGCACUAUCUCUUACCCAGAUCAAGUCUCCAGGUUUCCACUCUGCUAUCAUCCAGAGUGGCACGAGAUUGCACAUUUGGGACGAACAUCUUUUUGGCACAAUUCCAUCGCCAAGAAUCCCGUGCUUAAGAGUGCGCGCGCACCUGCUCGACAUCAUCUCCAAAAUUAUUGGUGUUCGCUCAUACCAUCACAUCCAUCAUUUCGACAAGAAUCUCCCGCACAUACUCAACCGUCGGCGGCUCUGCGCUUCCUGCUCAGAACAUUUCGUAGCAACACCCAUCUGCCAACACACCCCUACCAUAUCACAAACCAUGUCUGAAGAGUUCGAUCGUGACAUGAAAAGAGUCCUUGGCGAUGGGAAGACCAUGUUUGAGACUGAGAGAUCAGUUGGCGUAGCGCGAGCAGAUGUCCAGAUGCACGACGAAAUCUUCGCGCUAGAUGGUGCUGAUGUGCCAUUCAUUCUUCGACGAGUAUGGCAACAUUAUGUGCUUGUGGGAGAAUGCUUCUUAUACAGGGCUUUACGGCAGACUUUGUGCACAUGCUGUGGAUAUAAGACCGAGGAAUGGCCCAUCGUCACGCAAGUCAUCGACAUAAUGUGA